UCAGACGCCUCUGUGCGUUUACACUGGGGGAGUGGCCCGGCUGAGGUUGGGCCUGACUGCGCGGCCGGACGCCGGCGCCAUGGAGGAGUACGCUCGGGAGCCUUGCCCAUGGCGAAUUGUGGAUGAUUGUGGUGGAGCCUUCACUAUGGGUGUCAUUGGUGGUGGAGUCUUCCAGGCCAUCAAGGGCUUCCGCAAUGCCCCAGUUUGCAUAUUGCUGUCUGAAACUAUCUUGUUUAUCUUAACCCUGCUCACGAUCUGUCUCUCCCACUAUAAUGUGAGCUCUGAGAGGGCAAGGACCAGAUCUACCUUGUCCACUGCUGUAUCCCUGCAUAAAGCAUGGUGCCUGGCAUAUAGUGGAAUUCGGCACCGGCUGAGAGGUAGUGUCAAUGCUGUGAGGAUCCGAGCCCCCCAGAUUGGAGGUAGUUUUGCAGUGUGGGGGGGGCUGUUCUCCACCAUUGACUGUGGCCUGGUGCGGCUGCGGGGCAAGGAGGAUCCCUGGAACUCCAUCACCAGUGGAGCAUUGACCGGGGCUGUGCUGGCUGCCCGCAGUGGCCCAUUGGCCAUGAUGGGCUCAGCGAUGAUGGGGGGCAUCCUGUUGGCCCUCAUCGAAGGUGUUGGCAUCCUCCUCACUCGCUACACAGCCCAGCAGUUCCGAAAUGCGCCCCCGUUCCUGGAGGAUCCCAGCCAGCUAACCCCUAAGGAGGGUAGCCCGGCCUCAGGCUAUCCCAGCUAUCAGCAAUACCACUGAAGAAGCCACCGCCUGCCACCGCCACCAUGGGAGCUGCUCCUCACUUCCCUCCCCGCUGAUCUACCUCGAAGGGAGGGCUGGCUCCCAGUUAGCCCUGGGACCCUCCAGAGAGGGCUUCUACUGUGCUCCCUUGUCCCAGGGUGGGGGUGGGGCACCCCAGCUGCCCUGACAGAUGGGUCCCCUUUUUCCUCUCUCAGGGCACCCCAGCCCCACACUUACAUGUAACAAGCUCACCCCAGCUCCUUUGUGUGGCACCCUGAUGAGUAUUUAAAGCCAGUUUUGAAAUGUC